UCUUAAAACCUUUUUCAAAGUUUCCGAAAUAAUAUUUCCAAAAAGCAAUCUCGUUUCAAGAGUCAAACCAACCAAGAAAAUUUGCAGAAAGCAUGGCAAUGUCUAGUAGAAAGUUGGGGAACGAAUAUUCUGAGGAAUUUCAACGCGAACUUUCAUGGAUUUGGAAAAUGUUGGAGAAUAGAAAUGUGACGGAAAUCUCAGCCAAAGAGGUCAUCCCACUCGACUUGUCACCCGUGAAGAACUCGUCGGAGGAUUCUUCAAAUGGAUCGCCAUCUCCACCCGCAGCAGAAUCCUCGUCAUCGUUCCAACCUAUUUUUUUCACUGGUUCAACCCCAUUUCCGGCAGUAGCUCCUUCUUCUCCUCAGAAAUUCAACCCCAUCGUCGGCACGUCGGUCAAAUUUUCGCCAUCGCCAGCUCCGAGCUCAUCUGGGUUCCGCCCACUGCCAAUAAACAUUCUGCCGGACACGAGCAAUUUAUGGGAAACGGAAAAAUCCAAUUUGCUGAGCAAUUAUGUUGGACGCGUGGACAGACCGGUCCCGAUCUACACUCACCCGGCCGUCGUGGGAGAGCGGACUUUUGAGAAAAUCGUCCCCCAGACCAAUUACGUCCUCCAAAAGGCAGAUGGUCGCCCAAACAUUGACAAGGAAGAGGUUUAUUUCUAUUUACUCCCGGACAAAUCUCAAUCAGUGAGCGCAGAUGAAUCGACCGCAGCCAAGAACACGAUGCUGAAAGUAUGCGGAAAAAUCACUCACGCCUCUGGACAAAGCAGUUCCGUCGAGAUGCAAAAGUUGGACCACAGCCCCGGAUUUCUUUGCUCCUUCGUCCCACCUUUUCCUGGAAAAUACUCUGCCAACCUUUUCCACUGCCCGAACGGCAUUGUUGAAGAUGUUGACAGCAAACAACUCUGCCCUGCCAUCCAGUUGGACGUAUCAAGGAAUUAUUCUUCGGAUGCUCGUACCCCGUCCAUCCCGAUGAUUCGGCUGGGCAACAAUGGCGACAAGUAUUGGGGCAUCUCCGUUGACCACUAUGCAGAUCGGUUGUACGUAACGGAUCGCGAUCAAAGCGACGUAAUCGUCAUCGAUUCGACCACAAGCAAAAUAAUCAAACGUUUCGGUGGGCGUCAGUCCAGCCUUGGAUUUCACGACGGUCAAUUAUACCGACCAAGCGGGAUUUCGGUUGAUCAUGUCAACAAACGACUUCUCGUCUGCGACAAGGAUCACCACCACAUCUGCAUCUACUCGAUGGACGGACUAUUCGUAUCCUCAUUUGGCACGAAAGGUUACGGUCCUGGAGAAUUCACCUACCCGUGGGAUGUCGAUGCUUCUUCUGACGGGAAGAUGAUUGCAGUUUCGGAUUCGCAAAAUCACAGGGUCCAAGUAUUUGAUCGUUUUGGAAAUUAUUUAGCGAAGUUUUCCGUUUUCGAAAAAAAUCCCUACGGGUACAAAAAGUUGUUUGAAUAUCCGCGUGGAGUUGCCUUCAGCAAAGAUGGUCGCUACAUCUUUGCCACGGACUUUAACACGAGUAGCAUUAUGCGAAUCGAGGUGGCUUCAGGGGAGCUUAAAACGAUGGGAAGGCAGGGAUCGAAGUGUCGUUUGCAAGGCGUGACCGUGGACGAAAUGGGAAAUAUUCUGACCUGCGACUCUCGUCACGAUUGCCUUCGCGUCAGCUCGGAGGACGGAACUCUGCUCCAUACUCUGCGCCACGUGGGAAAAAAUCGACUCGGCGUUCCUGUCGACGCCUGCAUCACGAGAGAUGGACACGUCGCCACGCUCACUUUGAAAGGAGAAAUUUAUUUUAUUUAGAACAUUUUAGUGUUUCAGAAAAUUGAUGUCAUAUUGCUCGAUUGUUUCAGUUCCUGUGCAAUUAUUAUGUGAUUGUAUUUAGUACAAAUUUAAGUGAUAUUUUGUAUUUAUCAUGAUGGAAGUCUUUUAGACCGUAAUAUUAGUUUGCUAUCUUGUAAAAGAUAUAUUAUAAAUCGAUGUGAUGCAUAAUACAUA